CCAUGUCCUGUCUUUCCUCUGUCAGCUUUCCCCUCUGCCGAUAACGUGUCGUUGGGCCUUCUUUUAAGUCGAUUUCCACGGGAUUCAACGCGAAACUGGGGCACGACUUCCCACGUUGUCACCACCAAAACCACACACUAAGGUGGGGUGGGCCGUCACUACCGAGCUGAACAUCAAGAAACCCGAACGGGGAUCAUUCGCGACCCAUUGUAGUCUAUCCUCAUCGACAAUGGCGGACUCGCUGACUUCUGCUAUGGAGCAGCUGCGACUCACAGCUCAGGAUGUGAAUUCAGACUUAUUCCAAUCUCGACUGGAGGCUCCGCUAGCCGAGGCGGACAAUGAUACACAAGCCCAAACGAGACCUCGCAAGCAAGCGACCAAGAGUGGAGAGGAGCUACUAGCAGAGCUGGAAGCUGAGUUCUUGACACCAUCUCCUAAAUUCAGCUCCAAUUGGCUCAACCAGUUACAAAAGCGAUGGGUAGUACCUACAGACACCACGGACCUCUUCGAGAUCGCCCCCACACAGACGCGAACCGUUACUCGGUUUACACGAGAAGGGCUGGAAGGACGGGUGACGGGAUACCAUGAGGUGACUAUUCCAGCGACGAGUGAUACGGCCAAAAACUCGACCUCUCUACUCCGCCGUCCUGCUGGUCGUGCAGAAUUUGUCAGAGGUGCCGCCGGAUUCUUUCCUUUCGCACCUGGUGGCUUGGAUGCAGUCGAGGCUUUGGCUGAAAUGGAGGCCGAUGCACAGACUGCUGAGCAAUCACGCAGUGGUGGAAAGAGGGCUGGACUCGAUCGGAUCAUCAACUUUGGAUCCGAGGGCGGUCUCUUGACAACACCACCUGGCUUUGAACGUGGCCUCACGUUUGCAGAGGCAAAAUCCAAAGAGGCUGCAGAGGGCGAUGAGGAAGUGGAGCAUGCCCUUCUUCAGGAGGAGAGCGAUCUUCAAGUUGAUAAGCCUGAAACCACACCCGAGGCUGAUAGAGCCGCUGAGGCUGGUGCUGAGGAUGAAGAUAGUGACAUGGAAGAAGAGGACAUUGAUGCUCUGUUGCCUGUCGAAUUCCCUGCGCUCGAACCGCGCAACCAGCUCCUCGCGGGUAUUCAAAAGCAGAAGGGUAGGGAAUGGGCCCAUGUCGUCGAUGUGAACAAGGAGAUCACCAACUUCAGUGAUCUGGUACCGGAUAUGGCCAGAGAAUGGCCAUUUGAGCUGGAUACCUUCCAAAAAGAAGCCGUGUAUCAUCUGGAGAACGGCGACUCCGUCUUUGUGGCUGCACACACAUCCGCCGGCAAGACAGUCGUGGCUGAAUACGCCAUCGCACUGGCAAAUAAGCAUAUGACAAAAGCCAUCUACACGUCCCCUAUCAAAGCCCUGAGCAACCAGAAAUAUCGCGACUUCCGGACAACCUUUGAUGAUGUCGGUAUCCUCACUGGUGAUGUUCAGAUCAACCCCGAGGCCAGCUGUGUGAUCAUGACUACCGAAAUUCUUCGAAGUAUGCUUUAUCGUGGUGCCGAUCUCAUCCGUGAUGUCGAGUUUGUCAUCUUCGACGAGGUGCACUAUGUCAAUGACCUCGAGAGAGGAGUAGUCUGGGAGGAAGUCAUUAUCAUGCUUCCGGAGCACGUCACCCUCAUCCUUCUGUCCGCCACUGUUCCCAACACCUACGAGUUCGCCUCUUGGGUUGGCCGCACAAAGAAGAAGGAUAUCUACGUGAUUUCGACACCCAAGCGACCUGUACCCCUGGAACACUACCUAUGGGCUGGCAAGGAGAAAUUCAAAAUUGUCGACUCCAACAAGCGAUUCAUCGAAGGCGGUUGGAAGAAGGCAAAUGAUGUCUUGUCGGGCAAAGACGCCAAAGCCAAAAAGGAAGCCGAGGCUCAAGCCCAGGCCCAAUCGCAACGCGGUGGAGCUCAAGGACGAGGACGUGGGCGUGGACAGGAUACAGGCAGAGGAGGUCCUCGAGGUAGUGGCCAACGUGGAGGUGGAGGUAGAGGGCAAGCAGGUGGGCGAGGACAACCUUCUCACCGUGGCACUGGCAAUAUUGCUCGUACUGGCCGUGGAGGUGGCCGUCAAUCUGCUGCCCAAGAUAAGAAUACUUGGGUCCAUCUUGUGUCACAUCUGCGCAAGGAAGACCUGCUUCCAGCCUGCGUUUUCGUCUUCUCCAAGAAGCGAUGCGAGGAAAAUGCAGACUCUCUCACCAACCAAGACUUCUGCAAUGCAACCGAGAAGAGCUUGAUCCAUAUGAUGAUCGAGAAGUCACUCACGCGCCUGAAGCCGGAAGACCGAACUCUGCCUCAAAUCCUUCGGCUGCGCGAAUUGCUCAGCAGAGGUGUUGCGGUGCACCACGGAGGUCUUCUCCCAAUUAUGAAGGAGAUUGUCGAAAUUCUCUUCGCAAAGUCCCUGGUCAAGGUUCUCUUCGCCACCGAGACGUUUGCUAUGGGUCUGAAUUUGCCAACCCGGACAGUAGUCUUCUCCGGAUUCCGCAAGCAUGACGGCAAAAGCUUCCGGGAUCUGCUACCUGGAGAGUACACGCAGAUGGCUGGUCGCGCAGGACGUAGAGGUCUCGACACUGUGGGCUAUGUGCUCAUCACGAAUAGUGGCAAGGACGAGGCUCCACCGGCUGGUGCUUUGAAGAAGAUGAUUCUCGGAGAUCCAACCAAGCUCCGAUCCCAAUUCCGACUCACUUACAACAUGAUUCUCAACCUUCUCCGAGUGGAAGCUCUCAAGAUCGAAGAGAUGAUCAAACGAAGCUUCAGCGAGAAUGCCACUCAAGCUCUGCUACCAGAACAUGAAAAGCAAGUCCAGCUUUCCGAGGCCAGCCUGGAGAAGAUUAAACGGCCGCCUUGCGAGAUUUGUGACGUGGAUCUGGCUGCCUGUCACGAUGCUGCAAUGGAGUAUGAGAGACUCACUGCAGAAUUACACAGCGGCCUGCCCACAACUCCCGCUGGUAAACGACUCUUUGAAGUGAAGAAGCUUGUUGUGUAUCGAAAGGAUGGACUGCGCACCGCCGGAGUAAUAACCAAGGAGGGUGUUACCACCGGAGCCCUUCCUUGCAUCACUGUACUUGAAAUUGGCACCGUCCACAAUCGGCGUCAUCCCAGUGACAUUCUCCCAUUCCUGCCCCAGUUCCGUCCAUACUUGCAGGAAUUGCCUUCCAACGGAUCGUCUAUGCAUCUCAAGAUUUGCAAGAUCCCAGUGUCAGAUGUCGAAUGUAUCACGACCACGAGGUGCAAGGCUGGUGGACCGAUUUGGUAUUUGAAUAUCAAAAAAGGUAAGUGUUUCACUCGAACCAGGUUGACAAAUUGAGCUAAUCGCAUGAAAAAACCAGAAGCGGUAAAAUUUGCGGAUAAAGAGCUAACCAAGUUCACUUCAUCCUGGCUUAGUGAUCGAUGGGAUGAGAUUGAUUGGGUCCGCAUCAAGGAGUUGCAGUCGCGGGAUAUCAUAGAUCAGCGGAGGGCUCAGGCGCAGUUCAUCCAGUCAUGUCAUUGCUUGCAAUGCCCCAAAUUCUUGGACCACUUUGAAAUGCAACAUGACGAAUGGCAAGUGAAGGAGAACAUCUCGCAAUUGAAGCAGUUGAUGUCAGAUCAGAACCUCCAACUGCUUCCAGACUAUGAACAGCGUAUUCAAGUCCUACGAGAUCUCGGCUUCGUGGACGAGCAGUCCCGUGUGCAAUUGAAGGGCAAGGUUGCUUGUGAAAUCCAUUCCGCCGAUGAACUGGUCUUGACCGAGCUGGUCCUGGAGAACGUUCUGGCCGAAUACGAGCCAGAGGAGAUCGUUGCCCUUCUGUCGGCAUUUGUGUUCCAGGAGAAGACCGAUAGUAGCCCUACCCUCACACCUCGAUUGCAGAAGGGCCAGGAAGCUAUUAUCCGUAUUGCGGAGAAGGUCAAGAACGCGGCCAAACUGGUUGGCGAUCCAUCGCUUUACACCAAGAUGCAGCAAGCGCAGGAGCUGAUCAAGCGCGACGUCAUCUUUGCGGCGUCUCUUUACAUGUAGAAGAGGGCGUGCGCCUGCUAAAGAAGGCAUCGGGUUACGAUUCACCGUAUGGUGUUGACGAUAGUCUCCAAGCGAGACCAAUGUAACGAGUAUGAAAUCAAAAAAAUAAGAAAACCAUGUUCCAAG